CGUCACGGGAGGCCGCGGCGGCGGCGGCGGCGGCGGCGGUGGAGGCGGCGGCCGCCAUGAACUGGCUGUUCCCCCUCGCCAAGGGCGGCGGCGCCUCCGGGAGCCCCGCGGCGCUGCCCGCCCGCACCGGCCUCCAGCAGCAGAAGCAGCGGCAGAUCGAGGCCCUGCGCGCUGCGCACGCCGCCAUUGCAGAAAUUCAGAAAGAUGUGGAAUAUCGACUGCCCUUCACUGUAAACAACUUGACAAUAAAUAUUAACAUCUUGCUUCCACCUCAGUUUCCUCAGGAAAAACCCGUCAUCAGUGUUUUCCCACCUGUGAGACAUCAUUUAAUGGACAAGCAGGGAGUUUAUGUGACUGGUCCAUUAAUAAAUAACUUUACAAUGCACUCAGAUCUUGGGAAAAUUGUUCAAAGUGUACUAGAUGAGUUUUGGAAGAGUCCUCCGGUUCUGGCUCCUAGCCCAUCAUCAUUUCCUUACCUUUACAGCAAACCAGCUGGAAUGCCUCCAUAUGCUGCUCCUCAGGGGUUUCCAUUUCUUCCUCCGUACCCACCUCAAGAAACAAACAGAACAAUGGCAGCUGUGCCUGUUUCUGAAUCAGUUUCUUCGAGCUACACAACAGAUAAGCCUGCUGCUCCCUCUUACGGCUUGAUUACUGACCUGCCAUUACCUGUUCCGACAGCAGAAGCGGUGCUUCAGGUUGGCCAAAAUGGAUUUACUUACAAGAUGCCUGAUAUUCCUGAUACGUUUCCAGAACUUUCAGAACUAAGUAUAUCACAGCUGACCAAUAUGAAUGAGCAAGAGGAAGUGUUACUGGAACAGUUUGUGAAUCUGCCACAACUGAAGCAAGUCAUUACUGAUAAAGAUGAGCUAGUGAAAAGCAUUGAAGAGCUGGCAAAAAAAAACUUGUUGCUGGAGCCUAGUCUAGAAGCAAAAAGACAGACAGUGCUGGAUAAAUAUGAACAACUCACACAGAUGAAAGCAGCCUUUGAAAAAAAGAUGCAAAGACAGCAUGAACUUAGUGAGAGUUGCAGUCCGAGUGCUCUGCAAGCCAGACUUAAAGUAGCCGCUCAUGAAGCUGAAGAGGAAUCUGACACUAUUGCAGAAGACUUCUUGGAAGGCAAAACAGAAAUAGAUGACUUUCUUAGUAGUUUCAUGGAAAAGAGAACGCUCUGCCACUGUAGACGAGCCAAAGAAGAAAAACUUCAACAGGCAAUAGCAAUGCACAGCCAAUUUCAUGCUCCGCUAUAGGCUUCCUGCAGAUUACACCUGCCAACAGAAGAGUGAAAAACCCAAUAAAGCACACUUUUUAAUAACUAUUAUUUGCGAAUAAGCAUUUCAUCUUAUGUGGUUGUAUUUAUAGAAGAGAUUGUAUACGGAGUUGGGACUGUUUUUGUACAAAUUAGAAUGUCUCUUUAUAUUCUCAUUGUACUCAAGAAUCCUUCUAUUGCAAUCUUUGCACUAAUUUCUUGUAUUUAUUGUUGAUAGUUCUUAUUAUAUUUAAGUUCCUGCUGCUAUACCCCAUUCUUCAAAGAUUAAAUAUCUGAACAUGUAAUUUUGACUAGCUUUUUACAUUUUUAUAAAAACAUAAUUCAUAUCUUUUGUAUUUUGGAAUUUAAACAGGUUUGGCUGUGGAAGUUUGAGAUAAACGGUGAUAGGGCUUUGGAAACUGAAGAAGUUCAUAUUUGAGAUUGUCAGUAAAUUCACAAGCUGUCUUUCCUUGAAGCCAAAAUGUUUAAGAAUAAUUUUUUUACUUUUAGGUGAUAACAAAACUAAUUAUAGCCCGUACUGUGUUUUGGAUAAGUAGAUUCAGAUUAAGCAAAAGAUGUGUUGGAAGAAAAUAUAUUGGAAUCAAAAUGGAAUAAAUGAGCUCUCUGUAGAUUUAUGUUGCUCAGUAGCACCAAUGCACUGGAUGUCAGGAGUGGCUUGGUACCUGGCACUGUAAUUAAACGCAACUUUCAUCUAAAAAAUUUGUUUUGAUAUUUGUUUUUACUUACAGGAAAAUAAAAAUCAGGUUAUCUUCCUUGUAUGUUAGGCAUGAAUAUGUUCAUCGUGUGAGGAACUCAACCCCUAAGUAUGUACAUGUAUGUUCUCUCUUGGUCUUGCAAAAAGACAAAUUCUUUAUCUUGUCAGUGAAUUAGGUUUCCAUGGGGACAGUCAAGUUCCAGAAGAACAGAAGUAACUACAGUUCUGGAAGAGGAAUAAGGUAAAGAACUGAUUAAGUAAUCUGUCAGAAAGCCUUCUCCUUUCUUGUCAGAAAACAGUUUCGAGAUAACCGUCGUAGCCAAGACGUUACUCUCUUGCCUGGUUAGGGCCAAAAAACAUCACAGAUUCAAGUCUGAAACUAAAGCAGGUCAGUCCAGGAGAGAACUUCUUUAUAUCACUCAUCUUCAGUUAGUCCUAGACUCAACACUGGCAGAAUGGAAUAAGGUAUCUCAUUAUUCAGUUUUCUCCAAUUUUAAACUUGAAGUUAUGGAAAAAAAAAAAAGUCAGUGCAAGAAGUCUGUACUGCAACCUAGUGAAUCUUCAAAUGGGGCUUCAAUCUCAGCCCUCUUGUACUUCACAGUUUUGUUGCCUGUCUUAAGCUGCUGCCAUUCAGGGCAAGCAUAAUAUUUGCUGGUGUUUGAAUUUUUUUUCUUUUGAAAAGCUGGGCCAAAUGCUGAGAUUGGAUGUCCCCAGGUAAAUACAACUAUCGUCCAAAUCAAAAAAGAUACGUAUGUGCCUGAAAAAAUAAGUAGUUUAUAAAUGCCACCAGUUAAGCAAUAAUGUACAGAAUAUUUUCAAAAAAAA